AUGCGCCCCCCGCGCAGCCUCCUCCUGGUCGUCCCUCUGGUCCUCCUCCACCACCUCAGCUGGGCCAGGAACCUCCCCGCCACAGCCCCCGCAGGCCCUGGACCCUUCCCCUGCCUCGGCCUCGCCCAGAGCCUGCUGAAGGCGGUCAGCAGCACGCUGCACAAGGCCAGACAAACGUUAGAACUUUACUCCUGCACUUCUGAAGAGAUCGAUCAUGAAGACAUCACAAAAGAUAAAACCAGCACUGUAGAAGCCUGCCUUCCACUGGAACUAACCAUGAAUGGGAGUUGCCUGGCCUCCAGUAAGGCCUCUUCUAUGACGACCCUGUGCCUCAGUAGCAUCUAUGAGGACUUGAAGAUGUACCAGGUGGAGUUCAAGGCCAUCAAUGCAAAGCUCCUGAUGGAUCCUCAGAGGCAGAUCAUUCUGGAUCAAAACAUGUUGGCAGCUAUGGAUGAGCUGAUGCAGGCCCUGAAUCUCAGCAGCACGUCUGUGCCACACACCGCCCCCGUGGAAGAACUGGAUCUUUACAAGACGAAAGUCAAGCUCUGCAUCCUUCUCCACGCCUUCCGCAUCCGAGCAGUGACUAUCGACAGGAUGAUGAGCUAUCUGAAUUCUUCCUAAGAGGCGCAGGCCUCGCCCAGCCUGGAGGCAUUCGAACCAAAGCGAUUUUUAUAGCCUGUGUGGGAGGUGGUGGCUUGACCUGAUCCGACUUAAGCUAGUGAUUUUCUUGUUGUUUACAUUAGUCAACCACCCAAAAGUUGAACAUGUAACUACUUUAUUUAUAUGGGUCCUUUCCUUGCGUAUAUUCCACAUUUUCUAGGGAUAAGUUGUUUUUUAAAAGUUUUCAUGAGCAAAUGACUAAAGAGGGAAGUUUUCUUCACUGUGUGUGGGGCUUGUUUUUGUGUGUUUUGUUUUUUUAGAAGAGCAAGAAUUUAUAAGCUAUUUCUAUAUCAAAGUGUUUGUCAAAACACUCAAGCAUAAUUUAUUUUAAGAUAUUUAUUUAUAUAAUGGUGUGUUCAUGAAGGCAUGUGGGCUAAGUUAUAUUUAUUUAUGUCCUAUUUAUUCAAAUAUUUAUUUUCAAAUGGAUUUGAGAAAUAACUGAUGCUGUUCUAAAAUAAAAUGGUGAAAUUAAAGGAAUUUUCAUAUUUCUCUAGUGUAACUGGAGUACUUUCAGUGUUGAAAUACACACGGUGGGGAAACUGGAAACACUGAUGAAAUCUGAACAACAGAAUUACCCUGGAAAGACGGUGGCCAUAUUCUUACCCAUUUCCUAAUGGCUUUAAUCACCUACUGUAAGGGGGCCUGGUUAGGCUCGAUACAUUUUAAUGCUGAAGUCCUCGAGUGAGUCGCUUUAUUUUUGUUCAACAUCUGAAUCUAAAACACAGGAGAAUGUUUUUCCCUGCUAGCCGCAGCCCUGUAACAUACUGUGCACUCGACAAAUACAUAAUAAUACCCUCCAACUGG